CUCCCAGGGCGCGCGGCGCGGGGCGUGGGGAUGAAGGCUUGGCCGCCGGGUUCGGGCUGUGAGAGACGCGCCUAGCGUACGUGCUUCCAGUCCUUGGCUGCUAUGUGGCGGAGUGGAUGCCGGCGGCUAGGAGCGUGGCGCAGCUGCCCUCGCGGUCGUCUCCGGGCCCUCGCCGGCAGCGGCCGCCGGAGCUUGGUCUCCUGCAUCGACCCUUCCAUCGGACUAAAUGAAGAACAGAAAGGAUUUCAGAAAGUGGCCUUUGACUUUGCAGCCCGGGAGAUGGCUCCACAUAUGGCAGAGUGGGACCAGAAGGAACUGUUCCCAGUGGACAUGAUGCGGAAGGCAGCCCAGCUAGGCUUCGGUGGGGUAUACGUACGAACAGAUGUGGGUGGGUCUGGACUCUCACGGCUCGAUGCCUCUGUCAUCUUUGAAGCCUUGGCUACAGGCUGCACCAGCACCACAGCCUAUAUAAGCAUCCACAACAUGUGUACCUGGAUGAUCGAUACCUUUGGAAAUGAGGAACAGAGGCACAAAUUCUGCCCGCCGCUCUGUACCAUGGAGAAGUUUGCUUCCUACUGCCUCACUGAGCCAGGCAGUGGGAGCGAUGCUGCCUCCCUCCUGACCUCAGCUAAACGACAAGGAGAUCAUUACAUCCUCAAUGGCUCCAAGGCCUUCAUCAGUGGUGGAGGCGAAUCAGAUACCUAUGUGGUUAUGUGCCGAACAGGAGGACCAGGUCCCAAAGGCAUCUCGUGCAUAGUUGUUGAGAAGGAGACCCCUGGCCUCAGCUUUGGCAAAAAGGAAAAAAAGGUGGGGUGGAACUCUCAGCCAACCAGAGCCGUGAUCUUUGAAGACUGUGCUGUCCCUGUGGCCAACAGAAUUGGGAAUGAGGGGCAGGGAUUCCUUAUUGCCAUGAAGGGACUGAACGGAGGGAGAAUCAACGUCGCUUCUUGCUCUCUCGGGGCUGCGCAUGCUUCCGUCAUCCUCACCCAAGACCACCUCAAAGUUCGGAAGCAGUUUGGAGAGCCUCUGGCGAGUAACCAGUACCUGCAGUUCAAACUGGCUGACAUGGCAACCAGGCUGGUGGCCUCACGGCUGAUGAUCCGCAGUGCCGCAGUGGCCCUGCAGGAGGAGCGGGAAGAUGCGGUGGCCCUGUGCUCCAUGGCCAAGCUCUUCGCUACGGAUGAAUGUUUUGCCAUCUGCAACCAGGCCUUACAGAUGCAUGGAGGCUAUGGCUACCUGAAGGACUAUGCUGUUCAGCAGUAUAUGCGGGACUCCAGGGUCCACCAAAUCCUGGAAGGCAGCAAUGAGGUGAUGAGGAUGCUGAUCUCGCGAAGCCUGCUUCAGGGGUAGCACCCAGACUCGGUGUUCUCGCGUGCUGUUUAACGUGCACCUUGACUUCGUAUCAAGUCGAUCCUUGUGGAUGGUUCUGCUGCAGACGAGUCAUGGAUGAGACUGAAGGCCUGAGCUCUUGCAGGCCGACCCUUCACCGGGUGUUGGCAGCGCUGUGAGCUCUAGGGCCGGUGCAGCGUCUUCAGAGAGCUGGAGGAGCCACCUUGUUUGGGGGAGAUACAAAAGGACACACUCUCUUGUUUUCCUGGUGCACACAGGCAACCAGUGAAGACACAUCACCAGAUCACAGGCCUCUCUGGAAUCCACAGUAUCUUGAUUUGUCUGGUUCACAGGCUCCUCUUCCAAGGAUUUGGGUACUUCCUGGGAGGGUUUUUCCUAUUUAUAAAGCAAAGACAUGGGAAAGGAAAAUGUAGUAAAAAUGGACUCCUAUCUUUUUCUGUCCUGUGCACCUCAGCUAAAGGGGCAAAAGGGCUCUGUGGGUGCACCUCCUUUAUAGCACACCUCUGAAAGUCAAUCAUGAUAAAACGAAUAUUAGGAAAACUUUGUCCCUAAGCUGUGAUUUAGCGUGUAUGUGGAUGUCUGGACCACCUGAAUGUCAAGGACGAAGGUCAUUUGGAACUUCGAAUAUUUGUUGUUGCUUUCUUUUUUAGAAGCAUGUGGUCUAGGAACGGUAUUCAAAGUUUCUAUAACACUUUCUAAUAAGUACUUUGAGUAUAUUUUUUCCUAUUGGUGUUUCUGUUUUCUUCUUUGAAAUUGCUCCUCUUUUUAAAUUACUGCAUUGAUAAAUAAAGCCUACCCCUUUCUGUACCAUCUUGAAUUCUGCUGAA